UGCUCCUGCUCCUGCUCCUCCUCCUUCUCCUCCUAGUUGCCCCGACGUAGGCGAGCAAGCGCCGUCGCGUCUUGCCACAGCGAUCUGGUAGCAGCAACUCCAGAUCGCACGAGCAGCCUCGAACUCUCCUCCACCAUGAGCGAGGCAGGCGGAUUUUGGGACCCGUGGGUCGGGCAAGACGGCGUCAAUCAGCUCCAGUCGUACGAGCAGCCCGAGGAGUUCAGGUGCCUCGCCUACAACGACCUGACGCGCUCUGUCUUGGCAGGCUGUGAGUCGGGCAGGAUCCUCGCCUUCCCCGCGCCGUCCGGGGCCGGCGGCUUCCAGCCGCCCGCGCGGGUGCCCAAGGUGCUGCAGGGCAUGGAGACGCCCCGGUCUGACCAGGGCGGGGACACGGCCAGUCUGGAGGUGGUCGAGAGGAUGCUGCAGAAGGGGACGCAGUGAUGCCUGCGCCGGGACGACCUGGUACUGUGACAGUGCGCUGAGGGCAGUAACUGGUCGCACACUCUGUCGGCACUGUUCCCCAUCUCCUGAUCUCUCGCUCUCUCUUUCUCUCUCUCUCUCUCCCUCUUUCUCUCUCUCU